UUAGCUUGAUCAAAAUAGGGAGAAAAUGGUAUAUAAAAUAGAUGCUGACGUCUGCAGUAUAUUAUUUUUACCUCUUCACUCAGACGAUGAUGAGGAAGAGGGCGAUGAUGGCGAGAAAGGCAACUGCAGAACUUUAAAACUUGAAAGCAAAAACAAAGAAAAAGACGAGAAAUCUCUUUCCAAGGCCAAGAAAAUCAAGUCAAUGAAGAUAACGAAAGAGCUGUCAAAUCGCAAGUGCAAAAAGAAUAAAUCCUUUGGCUAUAAAGGAAGGAAGGCCUGGGUGAAGAACAACUGCCGUGCAGUUUUCAAAGUUUGCUACAAGCCAAAAGGCGGCAAAGGCGACGAAGACGAUGAUGAGGAAGAAGGCGAUGAAGGCGAUAAAGGCAACUGCAGAACUUUAAAACUUGAAAGCAAAAACAAAGAGAAAGACCAGAAAUCUCUCUCCAAGGCCAAGAAAAUCAAGUCAAUGAAGAUAACUAAAGAACUGUCUGAGGGCAAGUGCAAGAAGAAUAAAUCCUUUGGCUAUAAAGGAAAGAAGGCCUGGGUGAAGAACAACUGCCGUGCAGUUUUCAAAGUUUGCUACAAGCCAAAAGGCGGCAAAGGCGACGAAGACGAUGAUGAGGAAGAAGGCGAUGAAGGCGAUAAAGGCAACUGCAGAACUUUAAAACUUGAAAGCAAAAACAAAGAGAAAGACCAGAAAUCUCUCUCCAAGGCCAAGAAAAUCAAGUCAAUGAAGAUAACUAAAGAACUGUCUGAGGGCAAGUGCAAGAAGAAUAAAUCCUUUGGCUAUAAAGGAAAGAAGGCCUGGGUGAAGAACGACUGCCGUGCAGUAUUCAAAGUUUGCUACAAGCCAAAAGGCGAAGAAGACGAUGAUGAGGAAGAGGGCGAUGAUGGCGAGAAAGGCAACUGCAGAACUUUAAAACUUGAAAGCAAAAACAAAGAAAAAGACGAGAAAUCUCUUUCCAAGGCCAAGAAAAUCAAGUCAAUGAAGAUAACGAAAGAGCUGUCAAAUCGCAAGUGCAAAAAGAAUAAAUCCUUUGGCUAUAAAGGAAGGAAGGCCUGGGUGAAGAACAACUGCCGUGCAGUUUUCAAAGUUUGCUACAAGCCAAAAGGCGGCAAAGGCGACGAAGACGAUGAUGAGGAAGAAGGCGAUGAAGGCGAUAAAGGCAACUGCAGAACUUUAAAACUUGAAAGCAAAAACAAAGAGAAAGACCAGAAAUCUCUCUCCAAGGCCAAGAAAAUCAAGUCAAUGAAGAUAACUAAAGAACUGUCUGAGGGCAAGUGCAAGAAGAAUAAAUCCUUUGGCUAUAAAGGAAAGAAGGCCUGGGUGAAGAACGACUGCCGUGCAGUAUUCAAAGUUUGCUACAAGCCAAAAGGCGAAGAAGACGAUGAUGAGGAAGAGGGCGAUGAUGGCGAGAAAGGCAACUGCAGAACUUUAAAACUUGAAAGCAAAAACAAAGAAAAAGACGAGAAAUCUCUUUCCAAGGCCAAGAAAAUCAAGUCAAUGAAGAUAACGAAAGAACUAUCAGGGGGCAAGUGCAAGAAGAAUAAAUCCUUUGGCUAUAAAGGAAAGAAGGCCUGGGUGAAGAACGACUGCCGUGCAGUAUUCAAAGUUUGCUACAAGCCAAAAGGCGAUGAAGAAGAUGAUGAGGAAGAAGAAGAAAGCGGUAAAGGCAACUGCAGAAAGUUAAAACUAGAAAGCAAACAGAAAAAGAAAGACGAGAAAUCUCUUUCCAAGGCCAAGAAAAUCAAGUCAAUGAAGAUAACGAAAGAGCUGUCAAAUCGCAAGUGCAAAAAGAAUAAAUCCUUUGGCUAUAAAGGAAGGAAGGCCUGGGUGAAGAACAACUGCCGUGCAGUUUUCAAAGUUUGCUACAAGCCGAAAGGCGGCAAAGGCGACAAAGAAGAUGAUGAGGAAGAAGAAGAAAGCGGUAAAGGCAACUGCAGAAAGUUAAAACUAGAAAGCAAACAGAAAAAGAAAGACGAGAAAUCUCUUUCCAAGGCCAAGAAAAUCAAGUCAAUGAAGAUAACGAAAGAGCUGUCAAAUCGCAAGUGCAAAAAGAAUAAAUCCUUUGGCUAUAAAGGAAGGAAGGCCUGGGUGAAGAACAACUGCCGUGCAGUUUUCAAAGUUUGCUACAAGCCGAAAGGCGGCAAAGGCGACAAAGAAGAUGAUGAGGAAGAAGAAGAAAGCGGUAAAGGCAACUGCAGAAAGUUAAAACUAGAAAGCAAACAGAAAAAGAAAGACGAGAAAUCUCUUUCCAAGGCCAAGAAAAUCAAGUCAAUGAAGAUAACGAAAGAGCUGUCAAACGGCAAGUGCAAAAAGAAUAAAUCCUUUGGCUAUAAAGGAAGGAAGGCCUGGGUGAAGAACAACUGCCGUGCAGUUUUCAAAGUUUGCUACAAGCCAAAAGGCGGCAAAGGCGACGAAGACGAUGAUGAGGAAGAAGGCGAUGAAGGCGAUAAAGGCAACUGCAGAACUUUAAAACUUGAAAGCAAAAACAAAGAGAAAGACCAGAAAUCUCUCUCCAAGGCCAAGAAAAUCAAGUCAAUGAAGAUAACUAAAGAACUGUCUGAGGGCAAGUGCAAGAAGAAUAAAUCCUUUGGCUAUAAAGGAAAGAAGGCCUGGGUGAAGAACGACUGCCGUGCAGUAUUCAAAGUUUGCUACAAGCCAAAAGGCGAUGAAGAAGAUGAUGAGGAAGAAGAAGAAAGCGGUAAAGGCAACUGCAGAAAGUUAAAACUAGAAAGCAAACAGAAAAAGAAAGACGAGAAAUCUCUUUCCAAGGCCAAGAAAAUCAAGUCAAUGAAGAUAACGAAAGAGCUGUCAAACGGCAAGUGCAAAAAGAAUAAAUCCUUUGGCUAUAAAGGAAGGAAGGCCUGGGUGAAGAACAACUGCCGUGCAGUUUUCAAAGUUUGCUACAAGCCAAAAGGCGGCAAAGGCGACGAAGACGAUGAUGAGGAAGAAGGCGAUGAAGGCGAUAAAGGCAACUGCAGAACUUUAAAACUUGAAAGCAAAAACAAAGAGAAAGACCAGAAAUCUCUCUCCAAGGCCAAGAAAAUCAAGUCAAUGAAGAUAACUAAAGAACUGUCUGAGGGCAAGUGCAAGAAGAAUAAAUCCUUUGGCUAUAAAGGAAAGAAGGCCUGGGUGAAGAACGACUGCCGUGCAGUAUUCAAAGUUUGCUACAAGCCAAAAGGCGAAGAAGACGAUGAUGAGGAAGAGGGCGAUGAUGGCGAGAAAGGCAACUGCAGAACUUUAAAACUUGAAAGCAAAAACAAAGAAAAAGACGAGAAAUCUCUUUCCAAGGCCAAGAAAAUCAAGUCAAUGAAGAUAACGAAAGAGCUGUCAAAUCGCAAGUGCAAAAAGAAUAAAUCCUUUGGCUAUAAAGGAAGGAAGGCCUGGGUGAAGAACAACUGCCGUGCAGUUUUCAAAGUUUGCUACAAGCCAAAAGGCGGCAAAGGCGACGAAGACGAUGAUGAGGAAGAAGGCGAUGAAGGCGAUAAAGGCAACUGCAGAACUUUAAAACUUGAAAGCAAAAACAAAGAGAAAGACCAGAAAUCUCUCUCCAAGGCCAAGAAAAUCAAGUCAAUGAAGAUAACUAAAGAACUGUCUGAGGGCAAGUGCAAGAAGAAUAAAUCCUUUGGCUAUAAAGGAAAGAAGGCCUGGGUGAAGAACGACUGCCGUGCAGUAUUCAAAGUUUGCUACAAGCCAAAAGGCGAAGAAGACGAUGAUGAGGAAGAGGGCGAUGAUGGCGAGAAAGGCAACUGCAGAACUUUAAAACUUGAAAGCAAAAACAAAGAAAAAGACGAGAAAUCUCUUUCCAAGGCCAAGAAAAUCAAGUCAAUGAAGAUAACGAAAGAGCUGUCAAAUCGCAAGUGCAAAAAGAAUAAAUCCUUUGGCUAUAAAGGAAGGAAGGCCUGGGUGAAGAACAACUGCCGUGCAGUUUUCAAAGUUUGCUACAAGCCAAAAGGCGGCAAAGGCGACGAAGACGAUGAUGAGGAAGAAGAAGGCGAUAAAGGCAACUGCAGAAAGUUAAAACUAGAAAGCAAACAGAAAAAGAAAGACGAGAAAUCUCUUUCAAAGGCCAAGAAAAUCAAGUCAAUGAAGAUAACGAAAGAGCUGUCAAACGGCAAGUGCAAAAAGGAUAAAUCCUUUGGCUACAAAGGAAGGAAGGCCUGGGUGAAGAACAACUGCCGUGCAGUUUUCAAAGUUUGCUACAAGCCAAAAGGCGGCAAAGGCGACGAAGACGAUGAUGAGGAAGAGGGCGAUGAAGGCGAUAAAGGCAACUGCAGAACUUUAAAACUUGAAAGCAAAAACAAAGAGAAAGACCAGAAAUCUCUUUCAAAGGCCAAGAAAAUCAAGUCAAUGAAGAUAACGAAAGAACUGUCAGAGGGCAAGUGCAAAAAGAAUAAAUCUUUUGGCUAUAAAGGAAGGAAGGCCUGGGUGAAGAACGACUGCCGUGCAGUAUUCAAAGUUUGCUACAAGCCAAAAGGCGAUGAAGACGAUGAUGAGGAAGAAGGCGAUGAUGGCGAGAAAGGCAACUGCAGAACUUUAAAACUUGAAAGCAAAAACAAAGAAAAAGACCAGAAAUCUCUUUCCAAGGCCAAGAAAAUCAAGUCAAUGAAGAUAACGAAAGAACUGUCAGAGGGCAAGUGCAAGAAGAAUAAAUCCUUUGCCUAUAAAGGAAGAAAGGCCUGGGUGAAGAACGACUGCCGUGCAGUAUUCAAAGUUUGCUACAAGCCAAAAGGCGAUGAAGACGAUGAUGAGGAAGAAGAAGAAGGCGGUAAAGGCAACUGCAGAAAGUUAAAACUAGAAAGCAAACAGAAAAAGAAAGACGAGAAAUCUCUUUCAAAGGCCAAGAAAAUCAAGUCAAUGAAGAUAACGAAAGAGCUGUCAAACGGCAAGUGCAAAAAGGAUAAAUCCUUUGGCUACAAAGGAAGGAAGGCCUGGGUGAAGAACAACUGCCGUGCAGUUUUCAAAGUUUGCUACAAGCCAAAAGGCGGCAAAGGCGACGAAGACGAUGAUGAGGAAGAGGGCGAUGAAGGCGAUAAAGGCAACUGCAGAACUUUAAAACUUGAAAGCAAAAACAAAGAGAAAGACCAGAAAUCUCUUUCAAAGGCCAAGAAAAUCAAGUCAAUGAAGAUAACGAAAGAACUGUCAGAGGGCAAGUGCAAAAAGAAUAAAUCUUUUGGCUAUAAAGGAAGGAAGGCCUGGGUGAAGAACGACUGCCGUGCAGUAUUCAAAGUUUGCUACAAGCCAAAAGGCGAUGAAGACGAUGAUGAGGAAGAAGAAGAAGGCGGUAAAGGCAACUGCAGAAAGUUAAAACUAGAAAGCAAACAGAAAAAGAAAGACGAGAAAUCUCUUUCAAAGGCCAAGAAAAUCAAGUCAAUGAAGAUAACGAAAGAACUGUCAGAGGGCAAGUGCAAAAAGAAUAAAUCUUUUGGCUAUAAAGGAAGGAAGGCCUGGGUGAAGAACGACUGCCGUGCAGUAUUCAAAGUUUGCUACAAGCCAAAAGGCGAUGAAGACGAUGAUGAGGAAGAAGAAGAAGGCGGUAAAGGCAACUGCAGAAAGUUAAAACUAGAAAGCAAACAGAAAAAGAAAGACGAGAAAUCCCUUUCAAAGGCCAAGAAAAUCAAGUCAAUGAAGAUAACGAAAGAGCUGUCAAACGGCAAGUGCAAAAAGAAUAAAUCCUUUGGCUACAAAGGAAGGAAGGCCUGGGUGAAGAACAACUGCCGUGCAGUUUUCAAAGUUUGCUACAAGCCAAAAGGCGGCAAAGGCGACGAAGACGAUGAUGAGGAAGAGGGCGAUGAAGGCGAUAAAGGCAACUGCAGAACUUUAAAACUUGAAAGCAAAAACAAAGAGAAAGACCAGAAAUCUCUUUCAAAGGCCAAGAAAAUCAAGUCAAUGAAGAUAACGAAAGAACUGUCAGAGGGCAAGUGCAAAAAGAAUAAAUCUUUUGGCUAUAAAGGAAGGAAGGCCUGGGUGAAGAACGACUGCCGUGCAGUAUUCAAAGUUUGCUACAAGCCAAAAGGCGAUGAAGACGAUGAUGAGGAAGAAGAAGAAGGCGGUAAAGGCAACUGCAGAAAGUUAAAACUAGAAAGCAAACAGAAAAAGAAAGACGAGAAAUCUCUUUCAAAGGCCAAGAAAAUCAAGUCAAUGAAGAUAACGAAAGAGCUGUCAAACGGCAAGUGCAAAAAGAAUAAAUCCUUUGGCUACAAAGGAAGGAAGGCCUGGGUGAAGAACAACUGCCGUGCAGUUUUCAAAGUUUGCUACAAGCCAAAAGGCGGCAAAGGCGACGAAGACGAUGAUGAGGAAGAAGGCGAUGAAGGCGAUAAAGGCAACUGCAGAACUUUAAAACUUGAAAGCAAAAACAAAGAAAAAGACCAGAAAUCUCUUUCCAAGGCCAAGAAAAUCAAGUCAAUGAAGAUAACGAAAGAACUGUCUGAGGGCAAGUGCAAGAAGAAUAAAUCCUUUGGCUAUAAAGGAAGAAAGGCCUGGGUGAAGAACAACUGCCGUGCAGUAUUCAAAGUUUGCUACAAGCCAAAAGGCGAUGAAGACGAUGAUGAGGAAGAAGAAGGCGGUAAAGGCAACUGCAGAAAGUUAAAACUAGAAAGCAAACAGAAAAAGAAAGACGAGAAAUCUCUUUCAAAGGCCAAGAAAAUCAAGUCAAUGAAGAUAACGAAAGAGCUGUCAAACGGCAAGUGCAAAAAGAAUAAAUCCUUUGGCUACAAAGGAAGGAAGGCCUGGGUGAAGAACAACUGCCGUGCAGUUUUCAAAGUUUGCUACAAGCCAAAAGGCGGCAAAGGCGACGAAGACGAUGAUGAGGAAGAAGGCGAUGAAGGCGAUAAAGGCAACUGCAGAACUUUAAAACUUGAAAGCAAAAACAAAGAAAAAGACCAGAAAUCUCUUUCCAAGGCCAAGAAAAUCAAGUCAAUGAAGAUAACGAAAGAACUGUCUGAGGGCAAGUGCAAGAAGAAUAAAUCCUUUGGCUAUAAAGGAAGAAAGGCCUGGGUGAAGAACAACUGCCGUGCAGUAUUCAAAGUUUGCUACAAGCCAAAAGGCGAUGAAGACGAUGAUGAGGAAGAAGAAGAAGGCGGUAAAGGCAACUGCAGAAAGUUAAAACUAGAAAGCAAACAGAAAAAGAAAGACGAGAAAUCUCUUUCAAAGGCCAAGAAAAUCAAGUCAAUGAAGAUAACGAAAGAGCUGUCAAACGGCAAGUGCAAAAAGAAUAAGUCCUUUGGCUACAAAGGAAGGAAGGCCUGGGUGAAGAACAACUGCCGUGCAGUUUUCAAAGUUUGCUACAAGCCAAAAGGCGGCAAAGGCGACGAAGACGAUGAUGAGGAAGAAGGCGAUGAAGGCGAUAAAGGCAACUGCAGAACUUUAAAACUUGAAAGCAAAAACAAAGAAAAAGACCAGAAAUCUCUUUCCAAGGCCAAGAAAAUCAAGUCAAUGAAGAUAACGAAAGAACUGUCUGAGGGCAAGUGCAAGAAGAAUAAAUCCUUUGGCUAUAAAGGAAGAAAGGCCUGGGUGAAGAACAACUGCCGUGCAGUAUUCAAAGUUUGCUACAAGCCAAAAGGCGAUGAAGACGAUGAUGAGGAAGAAGAAGAAGGCGGUAAAGGCAACUGCAGAAAGUUAAAACUAGAAAGCAAACAGAAAAAGAAAGACGAGAAAUCUCUUUCAAAGGCCAAGAAAAUCAAGUCAAUGAAGAUAACGAAAGAGCUGUCAAACGGCAAGUGCAAAAAGAAUAAGUCCUUUGGCUACAAAGGAAGGAAGGCCUGGGUGAAGAACAACUGCCGUGCAGUUUUCAAAGUUUGCUACAAGCCAAAAGGCGGCAAAGGCGACGAAGACGAUGAUGAGGAAGAAGGCGAUGAAGGCGAUAAAGGCAACUGCAGAACUUUAAAACUUGAAAGCAAAAACAAAGAAAAAGACCAGAAAUCUCUUUCCAAGGCCAAGAAAAUCAAGUCAAUGAAGAUAACGAAAGAACUGUCUGAGGGCAAGUGCAAGAAGAAUAAAUCCUUUGGCUAUAAAGGAAGAAAGGCCUGGGUGAAGAACAACUGCCGUGCAGUAUUCAAAGUUUGCUACAAGCCAAAAGGCGAUGAAGACGAUGAUGAGGAAGAAGAAGAAGGCGGUAAAGGCAACUGCAGAAAGUUAAAACUAGAAAGCAAACAGAAAAAGAAAGACGAGAAAUCUCUUUCAAAGGCCAAGAAAAUCAAGUCAAUGAAGAUAACGAAAGAGCUGUCAAACGGCAAGUGCAAAAAGAAUAAGUCCUUUGGCUACAAAGGAAGGAAGGCCUGGGUGAAGAACAACUGCCGUGCAGUUUUCAAAGUUUGCUACAAGCCAAAAGGCGGCAAAGGCGACGAAGACGAUGAUGAGGAAGAAGGCGAUGAAGGCGAUAAAGGCAACUGCAGAACUUUAAAACUUGAAAGCAAAAACAAAGAAAAAGACCAGAAAUCUCUUUCCAAGGCCAAGAAAAUCAAGUCAAUGAAGAUAACGAAAGAACUGUCUGAGGGCAAGUGCAAGAAGAAUAAAUCCUUUGGCUAUAAAGGAAGAAAGGCCUGGGUGAAGAACAACUGCCGUGCAGUAUUCAAAGUUUGCUACAAGCCAAAAGGCGAUGAAGACGAUGAUGAGGAAGAAGAAGAAGGCGGUAAAGGCAACUGCAGAAAGUUAAAACUAGAAAGCAAACAGAAAAAGAAAGACGAGAAAUCUCUUUCAAAGGCCAAGAAAAUCAAGUCAAUGAAGAUAACGAAAGAGCUGUCAAACGGCAAGUGCAAAAAGAAUAAAUCCUUUGGCUACAAAGGAAGGAAGGCCUGGGUGAAGAACAACUGCCGUGCAGUUUUCAAAGUUUGCUACAAGCCAAAAGGCGGCAAAGGCGACGAAGACGAUGAUGAGGAAGAAGGCGAUGAAGGCGAGAAAGGCAACUGCAGAACUUUAAAACUUGAAAGCAAAAACAAAGAAAAAGACCAGAAAUCUCUUUCCAAGGCCAAGAAAAUCAAGUCAAUGAAGAUAACGAAAGAACUGUCUGAGGGCAAGUGCAAGAAGAAUAAAUCCUUUGGCUAUAAAGGAAGAAAGGCCUGGGUGAAGAACAACUGCCGUGCAGUAUUCAAAGUUUGCUACAAGCCAAAAGGCGAUGAAGACGAUGAUGAGGAAGAAGAAGAAGGCGGUAAAGGCAACUGCAGAAAGUUAAAACUAGAAAGCAAACAGAAAAAGAAAGACGAGAAAUCUCUUUCAAAGGCCAAGAAAAUCAAGUCAAUGAAGAUAACGAAAGAGCUGUCAAACGGCAAGUGCAAAAAGGAUAAAUCCUUUGGCUACAAAGGAAGGAAGGCCUGGGUGAAGAACAACUGCCGUGCAGUUUUCAAAGUUUGCUACAAGCCAAAAGGCGGCAAAGGCGACGAAGACGAUGAUGAGGAAGAAGGCGAUGAAGGCGAUAAAGGCAACUGCAGAACUUUAAAACUUGAAAGCAAAAACAAAGAAAAAGACCAGAAAUCUCUUUCCAAGGCCAAGAAAAUCAAGUCAAUGAAGAUAACGAAAGAACUGUCUGAGGGCAAGUGCAAGAAGAAUAAAUCCUUUGGCUAUAAAGGAAGAAAGGCCUGGGUGAAGAACAACUGCCGUGCAGUAUUCAAAGUUUGCUACAAGCCAAAAGGCGAUGAAGACGAUGAUGAGGAAGAAGAAGAAGGCGGUAAAGGCAACUGCAGAAAGUUAAAACUAGAAAGCAAACAGAAAAAGAAAGACGAGAAAUCUCUUUCAAAGGCCAAGAAAAUCAAGUCAAUGAAGAUAACGAAAGAGCUGUCAAACGGCAAGUGCAAAAAGGAUAAAUCCUUUGGCUACAAAGGAAGGAAGGCCUGGGUGAAGAACAACUGCCGUGCAGUUUUCAAAGUUUGCUACAAGCCAAAAGGCGGCAAAGGCGACGAAGACGAUGAUGAGGAAGAAGGCGAUGAAGGCGAUAAAGGCAACUGCAGAACUUUAAAACUUGAAAGCAAAAACAAAGAAAAAGACCAGAAAUCUCUUUCCAAGGCCAAGAAAAUCAAGUCAAUGAAGAUAACGAAAGAACUGUCUGAGGGCAAGUGCAAGAAGAAUAAAUCCUUUGGCUAUAAAGGAAGAAAGGCCUGGGUGAAGAACAACUGCCGUGCAGUAUUCAAAGUUUGCUACAAGCCAAAAGGCGAUGAAGACGAUGAUGAGGAAGAAGAAGAAGGCGGUAAAGGCAACUGCAGAAAGUUAAAACUAGAAAGCAAACAGAAAAAGAAAGACGAGAAAUCUCUUUCAAAGGCCAAGAAAAUCAAGUCAAUGAAGAUAACGAAAGAGCUGUCAAACGGCAAGUGCAAAAAGAAUAAAUCCUUUGGCUACAAAGGAAGGAAGGCCUGGGUGAAGAACAACUGCCGUGCAGUUUUCAAAGUUUGCUACAAGCCAAAAGGCGGCAAAGGCGACGAAGACGAUGAUGAGGAAGAAGGCGAUGAAGGCGAUAAAGGCAACUGCAGAACUUUAAAACUUGAAAGCAAAAACAAAGAAAAAGACCAGAAAUCUCUUUCCAAGGCCAAGAAAAUCAAGUCAAUGAAGAUAACGAAAGAACUGUCUGAGGGCAAGUGCAAGAAGAAUAAAUCCUUUGGCUAUAAAGGAAGAAAGGCCUGGGUGAAGAACAACUGCCGUGCAGUAUUCAAAGUUUGCUACAAGCCAAAAGGCGAUGAAGACGAUGAUGAGGAAGAAGAAGAAGGCGGUAAAGGCAACUGCAGAAAGUUAAAACUAGAAAGCAAACAGAAAAAGAAAGACGAGAAAUCUCUUUCAAAGGCCAAGAAAAUCAAGUCAAUGAAGAUAACGAAAGAGCUGUCAAACGGCAAGUGCAAAAAGAAUAAAUCCUUUGGCUACAAAGGAAGGAAGGCCUGGGUGAAGAACAACUGCCGUGCAGUUUUCAAAGUUUGCUACAAGCCAAAAGGCGGCAAAGGCGACGAAGACGAUGAUGAGGAAGAAGGCGAUGAAGGCGAUAAAGGCAACUGCAGAACUUUAAAACUUGAAAGCAAAAACAAAGAAAAAGACCAGAAAUCUCUUUCCAAGGCCAAGAAAAUCAAGUCAAUGAAGAUAACGAAAGAACUGUCUGAGGGCAAGUGCAAGAAGAAUAAAUCCUUUGGCUAUAAAGGAAGAAAGGCCUGGGUGAAGAACAACUGCCGUGCAGUAUUCAAAGUUUGCUACAAGCCAAAAGGCGAUGAAGACGAUGAUGAGGAAGAAGAAGAAGGCGGUAAAGGCAACUGCAGAAAGUUAAAACUAGAAAGCAAACAGAAAAAGAAAGACGAGAAAUCUCUUUCAAAGGCCAAGAAAAUCAAGUCAAUGAAGAUAACGAAAGAGCUGUCAAACGGCAAGUGCAAAAAGAAUAAAUCCUUUGGCUACAAAGGAAGGAAGGCCUGGGUGAAGAACAACUGCCGUGCAGUUUUCAAAGUUUGCUACAAGCCAAAAGGCGGCAAAGGCGACGAAGACGAUGAUGAGGAAGAAGACGAUGAAGGCGAUAAAGGCAACUGCAGAACUUUAAAACUUGAAAGCAAAAACAAAGAAAAAGACCAGAAAUCUCUUUCCAAGGCCAAGAAAAUCAAGUCAAUGAAGAUAACGAAAGAACUGUCUGAGGGCAAGUGCAAGAAGAAUAAAUCCUUUGGCUAUAAAGGAAGAAAGGCCUGGGUGAAGAACAACUGCCGUGCAGUAUUCAAAGUUUGCUACAAGCCAAAAGGCGAUGAAGACGAUGAUGAGGAAGAAGAAGAAGGCGGUAAAGGCAACUGCAGAAAGUUAAAACUAGAAAGCAAACAGAAAAAGAAAGACGAGAAAUCUCUUUCAAAGGCCAAGAAAAUCAAGUCAAUGAAGAUAACGAAAGAGCUGUCAAACGGCAAGUGCAAAAAGGAUAAAUCCUUUGGCUACAAAGGAAGGAAGGCCUGGGUGAAGAACAACUGCCGUGCAGUUUUCAAAGUUUGCUACAAGCCAAAAGGCGGCAAAGGCGACGAAGACGAUGAUGAGGAAGAAGAAGAAGGCGGUAAAGGCAACUGCAGAAAGUUAAAACUAGAAAGCAAACAGAAAAAGAAAGAUGAGAAAUCUCUUUCAAAGGCCAAGAAAAUCAAGUCAAUGAAGAUAACGAAAGAGCUGUCAAACGGCAAGUGCAAAAAGAAUAAAUCCUUUGGCUACAAAGGAAGGAAGGCCUGGGUGAAGAACAACUGCCGUGCAGUUUUCAAAGUUUGCUACAAGCCAAAAGGCGGCAAAGGCGACGAAGAUGAGGAGGACGAAGAAGGUGAUAAAGAGAAAUGCAGAUCUGUAACACUUGAAAGCAAAAACAAAAAGAAAGACCAGAAAACUCUUUCAAAGGCCAAGAAAAUCAAGUCUAUGAAAAUGAAAGAAGAAAAGUCAAAGGGCAAGUGCAAGAAGAACAAAUCCUUUGGCUUUAAAGGAAAGAAGGCCUGGGUGAAGAAUAACUGCCGUGCAGUAUUCAAAGUUUGCUACAAGCCAAAAGGCGAUAAAGACGACGACGACGACGACGACGAGGGCGGUAAAGAGAAAUGCAAAUCUAUAACACUUGAAAGCAAAAACAAAAAGAAAGAUCAGAAGACUCUUUCAAAGGCCAAGAAAAUCAAGUCUAUGAAGAUGAAAGAAGAAAAGUCAAAGGGCAAGUGCAAGAAGAACAAAUCCUUUGGCUUUAAAGGAAAGAAGGCCUGGGUGAAGAAUAACUGCCGUGCAGUAUUCAAAGUUUGCUACAAGCCAAAAGGCGAUAAAGACGACGACGACGACGACGAGGGCGGUAAAGAGAAAUGCAAAUCUAUAACACUUGAAAGCAAAAACAAAAAGAAAGAUCAGAAGACUCUUUCAAAGGCCAAGAAAAUCAAGUCUAUGAAGAUGAAAGAAGAAAAGUCAAAGGGCAAGUGCAAGAAGAACAAAUCCUUUGGCUUUAAAGGAAAGAAGGCCUGGGUGAAGAAUAACUGCCGUGCAGUAUUCAAAGUUUGCUACAAGCCAAAAGGCGAUAAAGACGACGACGACGACGACGACGAGGGCGGUAAAGAGAAAUGCAAAUCUAUAACACUUGAAAGCAAAAACAAAAAGAAAGAUCAGAAGACUCUUUCAAAGGCCAAGAAAAUCAAGUCUAUGAAGAUGAAAGAAGAAAAGUCAAAGGGCAAGUGCAAGAAGAACAAAUCCUUUGGCUUUAAAGGAAAGAAGGCCUGGGUGAAGAAUAACUGCCGUGCAGUAUUCAAAGUUUGCUACAAGCCAAAAGGCGAUAAAGACGACGACGACGACGACGAGGGCGGUAAAGAGAAAUGCAAAUCUAUAACACUUGAAAGCAAAAACAAAAAGAAAGAUCAGAAGACUCUUUCAAAGGCCAAGAAAAUCAAGUCUAUGAAGAUGAAAGAAGAAAAGUCAAAGGGCAAGUGCAAGAAGAACAAAUCCUUUGGCUUUAAAGGAAAGAAGGCCUGGGUGAAGAAUAACUGCCGUGCAGUAUUCAAAGUUUGCUACAAGCCAAAAGGCGAUAAAGACGACGACGACGACGACGACGAGGGCGGUAAAGAGAAAUGCAAAUCUAUAACACUUGAAAGCAAAAACAAAAAGAAAGAUCAGAAGACUCUUUCAAAGGCCAAGAAAAUCAAGUCUAUGAAGAUGAAAGAAGAAAAGUCAAAGGGCAAGUGCAAGAAGAACAAAUCCUUUGGCUUUAAAGGAAAGAAGGCCUGGGUGAAGAAUAACUGCCGUGCAGUAUUCAAAGUUUGCUACAAGCCAAAAGGCGAUAAAGACGACGACGACGACGACGACGAGGGCGGUAAAGAGAAAUGCAAAUCUAUAACACUUGAAAGCAAAAACAAAAAGAAAGAUCAGAAGACUCUUUCAAAGGCCAAGAAAAUCAAGUCUAUGAAGAUGAAAGAAGAAAAGUCAAAGGGCAAGUGCAAGAAGAACAAAUCCUUUGGCUUUAAAGGAAAGAAGGCCUGGGUGAAGAAUAACUGCCGUGCAGUAUUCAAAGUUUGCUACAAGCCAAAAGGCGAUAAAGACGACGACGACGACGACGACGAGGGCGGUAAAGAGAAAUGCAAAUCUAUAACACUUGAAAGCAAAAACAAAAAGAAAGAUCAGAAGACUCUUUCAAAGGCCAAGAAAAUCAAGUCUAUGAAGAUGAAAGAAGAAAAGUCAAAGGGCAAGUGCAAGAAGAACAAAUCCUUUGGCUUUAAAGGAAAGAAGGCCUGGGUGAAGAAUAACUGCCGUGCAGUAUUCAAAGUUUGCUACAAGCCAAAAGGCGAUAAAGACGACGACGACGACGACGACGAGGGCGGUAAAGAGAAAUGCAAAUCUAUAACACUUGAAAGCAAAAACAAAAAGAAAGAUCAGAAGACUCUUUCAAAGGCCAAGAAAAUCAAGUCUAUGAAGAUGAAAGAAGAAAAGUCAAAGGGCAAGUGCAAGAAGAACAAAUCCUUUGGCUUUAAAGGAAAGAAGGCCUGGGUGAAGAAUAACUGCCGUGCAGUAUUCAAAGUUUGCUACAAGCCAAAAGGCGAUAAAGACGACGACGACGACGACGACGAGGGCGGUAAAGAGAAAUGCAAAUCUAUAACACUUGAAAGCAAAAACAAAAAGAAAGAUCAGAAGACUCUUUCAAAGGCCAAGAAAAUCAAGUCUAUGAAGAUGAAAGAAGAAAAGUCAAAGGGCAAGUGCAAGAAGAACAAAUCCUUUGGCUUUAAAGGAAAGAAGGCCUGGGUGAAGAAUAACUGCCGUGCAGUAUUCAAAGUUUGCUACAAGCCAAAAGGCGAUAAAGACGACGACGACGACGACGACGAGGGCGGUAAAGAGAAAUGCAAAUCUAUAACACUUGAAAGCAAAAACAAAAAGAAAGAUCAGAAGACUCUUUCAAAGGCCAAGAAAAUCAAGUCUAUGAAGAUGAAAGAAGAAAAGUCAAAGGGCAAGUGCAAGAAGAACAAAUCCUUUGGCUUUAAAGGAAAGAAGGCCUGGGUGAAGAAUAACUGCCGUGCAGUAUUCAAAGUUUGCUACAAGCCAAAAGGCGAUAAAGACGACGACGACGACGACGACGAGGGCGGUAAAGAGAAAUGCAAAUCUAUAACACUUGAAAGCAAAAACAAAAAGAAAGAUCAGAAGACUCUUUCAAAGGCCAAGAAAAUCAAGUCUAUGAAGAUGAAAGAAGAAAAGUCAAAGGGCAAGUGCAAGAAGAACAAAUCCUUUGGCUUUAAAGGAAAGAAGGCCUGGGUGAAGAAUAACUGCCGUGCAGUAUUCAAAGUUUGCUACAAGCCAAAAGGCGAUAAAGACGACGACGACGACGACGACGAGGGCGGUAAAGAGAAAUGCAAAUCUAUAACACUUGAAAGCAAAAACAAAAAGAAAGAUCAGAAGACUCUUUCAAAGGCCAAGAAAAUCAAGUCUAUGAAGAUGAAAGAAGAAAAGUCAAAGGGCAAGUGCAAGAAGAACAAAUCCUUUGGCUUUAAAGGAAAGAAGGCCUGGGUGAAGAAUAACUGCCGUGCAGUAUUCAAAGUUUGCUACAAGCCAAAAGGCGAUAAAGACGACGACGACGACGACGACGAGGGCGGUAAAGAGAAAUGCAAAUCUAUAACACUUGAAAGCAAAAACAAAAAGAAAGAUCAGAAGACUCUUUCAAAGGCCAAGAAAAUCAAGUCUAUGAAGAUGAAAGAAGAAAAGUCAAAGGGCAAGUGCAAGAAGAACAAAUCCUUUGGCUUUAAAGGAAAGAAGGCCUGGGUGAAGAAUAACUGCCGUGCAGUAUUCAAAGUUUGCUACAAGCCAAAAGGCGAUAAAGACGACGACGACGACGACGACGAGGGCGGUAAAGAGAAAUGCAAAUCUAUAACACUUGAAAGCAAAAACAAAAAGAAAGAUCAGAAGACUCUUUCAAAGGCCAAGAAAAUCAAGUCUAUGAAGAUGAAAGAAGAAAAGUCAAAGGGCAAGUGCAAGAAGAACAAAUCCUUUGGCUUUAAAGGAAAGAAGGCCUGGGUGAAGAAUAACUGCCGUGCAGUAUUCAAAGUUUGCUACAAGCCAAAAGGCGAUAAAGACGACGACGACGACGACGACGACGAGGGCGGUAAAGAGAAAUGCAAAUCUAUAACACUUGAAAGCAAAAACAAAAAGAAAGAUCAGAAGACUCUUUCAAAGGCCAAGAAAAUCAAGUCUAUGAAGAUGAAAGAAGAAAAGUCAAAGGGCAAGUGCAAGAAGAACAAAUCCUUUGGCUUUAAAGGAAAGAAGGCCUGGGUGAAGAAUAACUGCCGUGCAGUAUUCAAAGUUUGCUACAAGCCAAAAGGCGAUAAAGACGACGACGACGACGACGACGACGAGGGCGGUAAAGAGAAAUGCAAAUCUAUAACACUUGAAAGCAAAAACAAAAAGAAAGAUCAGAAGACUCUUUCAAAGGCCAAGAAAAUCAAGUCUAUGAAGAUGAAAGAAGAAAAGUCAAAGGGCAAGUGCAAGAAGAACAAAUCCUUUGGCUUUAAAGGAAAGAAGGCCUGGGUGAAGAAUAACUGCCGUGCAGUAUUCAAAGUUUGCUACAAGCCAAAAGGCGAUAAAGACGACGACGACGACGACGACGAGGGCGGUAAAGAGAAAUGCAAAUCUAUAACACUUGAAAGCAAAAACAAAAAGAAAGAUCAGAAGACUCUUUCAAAGGCCAAGAAAAUCAAGUCUAUGAAGAUGAAAGAAGAAAAGUCAAAGGGCAAGUGCAAGAAGAACAAAUCCUUUGGCUUUAAAGGAAAGAAGGCCUGGGUGAAGAAUAACUGCCGUGCAGUAUUCAAAGUUUGCUACAAGCCAAAAGGCGAUAAAGACGACGACGAUGACAACGAGGGCGGUAAAGAGAAAUGCAAAUCUAUAACACUUGAAAGCAAAAACAAAAAGAAAGAUCAGAAGACUCUUUCAAAGGCCAAGAAAAUCAAGUCUAUGAAGAUGAAAGAAGAAAAGUCAAAGGGCAAGUGCAAGAAGAACAAAUCCUUUGGCUUUAAAGGAAAGAAGGCCUGGGUGAAGAAUAACUGCCGUGCAGUAUUCAAAGUUUGCUACAAGCCAAAAGGCGAUAAAGGUGAGGAUGAAGAUAAUUGCAAAACUGUAACACUCAAAAGCAAAAACAAAAAGAAAGACAAGAAAACUCUUUCAAAGACCAAGAAAAUCAAGUCUAUGAAGAUGAUCGAAAAAUUGUCUAAAGGCAAAUGCAAGAAAGGUGAAUCCUUUGGCUAUAAAGGAAGGAAGGCCUGGGUGAAGAACAACUGUCAUGCAGUAUUCAAAGUUUGUUUCGGGCCAAACGCCGAUGAAGAUGAGAGUAAAGGAAAAUGCAAAACUUUACAACUCCAAAGCAAAAACAAAAAGAAAGACCAGAAAACUCUUUCAGAGGCCAAGAAAAUUAAGUCUAUGAAGAUGAAGAAAGAAUUGUCAAAGGGCAAGUGCAAGAAGAAUAAAUCCUUUGGCUAUAAAGGAAGGAAGGCCUGGGUGAAGAACAACUGCAGAGCAGUAUUCAAAGUUUGCUACAAGCCAAAAGGCGAUAAAGGUUUGUUUUUACUUGAGUCUUAGCAAAAAACAAAAUAAGGCUCACCUAUCAGAGACAAUCCUUACAGUUUGUUCAUCUCGUUUGCACGGUCAUAACAUUGUGUCCCAGUUAUUCAAUGAUUUGCCUAUGUCUCCGUGUUGUGACGGCUGUAACCCAAAUCUAAACAUUUUUAGUGCGUAUUCUAAUCCCUAAACCUGUUUUCUUUUGCUUCCUGCAUUUAAUACUCCUAUUAUUUUCUGUUUAGAAAAAAAAUGUACAAAAAUAUAAUAUAAUGAUAUUCUGUGUAAUUCUAAAGGGCACUCACCCCGCCCCAACCGUUAUUUAAACACACCUUACAAUUGCUUUCUUUCUAGGCCUCUCUAUGGUUAAUGCCUUAUAUCAUAUUGGUGUCCGGGCCGUGAUGUAGCGAUAAGGCGUACCGCUGUCGCACGCAGGAGUCAUGACUUUGAUUCCCGACUGGGGCGAAUUUUUUAUCGAGUAUAUUCGGUCUUUCUGCUUUCUGUUGUAUCCCUCUCCAUCCCAGUUGGCCUUGGUAGGCAGGAUUGAAGCCCGCCUCCCAAAUAAUCUAAACAAAAUAUCGUGUCGAUCACCAACAUUUAAAAGUAUAAAAUGUUGCCAUGAAAGGUUCGGGUUUUGUCGAGUUAGUAAUUACUGUGGCAAUGAUUUUUGACCCGUGUCUGUGGAAUGUCAUUUAGGCGCUUUGCCGCUGUACGCUGGCGACCUGAGUUUGAUUACUAAAAGGGGAAGAAAAUUCUUAGUCAGGUCGUACUCCUGGGAUAUUGUAUACCCCUCAGCUAGGUUAAAAGCCAGCUUUCUAAACUGUUUUGAUGGCGGCGUAUAAAUACCUCCGUUUUAAAAAAGGUUAAAAAAUUAUUUUUGUCUCAUAUAAUUGGUGAUGUUUAUUUCUAUCUUUUAGAAACAUUUUUGUUUUCAAUGUCAACUCUUCUCAAGUAUAAGGUUGAAUAAUAUAUGAUAACUCCUAUCUUAUCUUUAGUAUUUUAAAGGGCUAGAAAUGUGAUUUACACUUUGACCGAAAAAGAAACACUUUGUUUUACUUCAAACUGUCGUUGCACAUAGAAAAUCUAUUGGCCAGAUUUUUAAUGGAUGUGUACGUUAUGUACUGAUGUAUCGAGGACUAAUAAUUUGUUAUACUUUUUUUUUCUCAGAAGAUAAUGAAGAUAAUUGCAAAACGUUGCAACUUGAAAGCAAAAACAAAAAGAAAAACCAGAAAACUCUUUCAAAGGCCAAGAAAAUCAUGUCAAUGAAGAUGAAGAAAGAACUGUCAAAGGGCAAAUGCAAGAAGAAUAAAUCCUUUGGCUAUAAAGGAAGGAAGGUCUGGGUGAAGAACAACUGCCGUGCAGUAUUCAAAGUUUGCUACAAGCCAAAACCCAAUGAAGGUUUGUUUUAACUUAAGUCUGUGUAGAAAGAAAUGUAGCCCUUGUAACGAUCCUUCUAACUAUUUUAGUUUAAUUGAAUGUUGUGAGUUAUUCAGUGACUUGCUUUCUUCCCCGCAUCGUGUUGGAAUCAAUCCAUAACUAAACCAUAUGAAUGCAUAUCCAAAGUUUCAAAUAAAAAAGACAAAUUCCUGAUUUAUUUCCCUUUUGCUCCCUGGAUUUCAAAUACCAACCUGAGAACAAUAAUAUUGUAAUAUCAGCUUUAUUGUACUUAAUUUUACCAUUUAUCCAAAAUGUGAUGAGUUCCUCAUUCCACUGUGUCGUAACACAUAUCGUCGUUCUUAAGUACUACCUCCUUCUGUUCUUCGAAUAAGUCUAGACUCAUUUUCUCUACCUAUAAUUUUCUUUCACGUUACUGUUGGCGAUAAAGGUUUAAUUUUUGCCUCCUUAGUUAUUGGUUAAAAUGGCUAUGAUUUUUGUCGUUUGUAAUUCCUGACAUUGCGUUAUGAUUUUUUGGAGCAUUUUUUUUCGUCGAUGCCAACACUUCUCAGGUAUUUUUCAAAAUGCGCUCUUCAGAACAUAAUUUGCAGUUCUUUGCAGAAUAAAAACCACCCAAAAAUUGAAGGAAAAAAAUGAAUAAACCAACAUCGUUCAAUGAAUGUUGUUUCGAACAACACUAAGGGGGUGUAAAUGACGUGUGAUGAUAAUCUUUUCUUGUCUUUAGGUCUGCUGAGGGCAAGAAACGUGGUUUAAAUCCUGACCAUAAAAGAGCAAGUUUUGUUUAACAUUUUAAUGUCGUAAUAAGUAUCAAAGCUGUUGGCCAGUCUUUUAAAAGGAAUAUACGUUAUGUGUUGAUGUAUCCAGCACUAUUCAUUUUUACAUACGCUUUUUUCUCAGAUGAGGAUGAAGAUAAGUGCCAAAAUUUACAACUUCGAAGCAAAAA